AUGGAACGCGGAUGGAAUGGCGAGAGAGGUUUUCAGGCCAAUUCUGCGACCGAAGUCAGCAAGGCAUUGGACACCAUGGUAUCGAGCCUGCAACCGCGAGAGUUCUUGAUUAUUACUGGUGGCGAGAGGUUUCCGGAUCGUAUCAACUUUCGAAGCAAUUCGUGCCCGAUCUUGGAGGUGAAUGCGAAGGAUUUUCAUGAUCCGGAGCAGAACGUGAGCCUGAGAGGCCACGUAGGCCGCCAUCCUGAGAUUGUUCAAGGACUUCUUCGAGGCAAGAGAUCGCUGGACACGAUUCUUCGAAAGGUCGACAGGUUUUGUGAUGAGGAGGACCGUGGUGUGAUCGACUUGAAGUCAUCCGGAAGCCGCUUCAACUCCAAUCGUCCUGACCCCGAACCAGACCACAAGCGUUCGAUCAGUCCCUUCGGCCCCUGCAAGAACAGCUUCAUCCGACAAGAGCGCACCUUGGAAGUUCCACCAAAGGCUAUGCCUCCAGUGUUGGAGCCCAAGAAGAAGACGGCCCCAGCUUUUGUCUGGUAUCGACAAUCUCCUCAGCCGCUAUGUCCCAUUGCCAUUCAAUUGGCGGCCGCCCUCCUGGAUGCAUCUCGGCUCAGAAAUGGGAUCAUCCAUAUGACGCUGCAGGAGUGGAUGCCCAAGAACCGCGAAACGCUGCUCCCGUUCAAGAAUGCCCUGGCCUUAGCCAAGGCCAUUGACUCGCAGCAUGAUGAGAAACUCCUCCGCCAGAAGAUCAGGCAGAUCUACUUCUCCGGUGGCCAGGUGGAUCCACCAGAUGCACCACCACCAGUGCAGCAGGUUUGGCCCUACUCUGCGGGUGGCACCUCCUUCACCGGCAACCCCCCAUUCACUGCGUGGAAUCUGUUUGCCGACCCGGUGGCCGCCAAUUCGAUCUUCUCCUUUGGCUUGCCCAUCGUCCUGGCGACCGACAGCUUUCAGUACGCUUUGCCCUUCUACCGGAAUGACACCCAGUUCAUUCCCAAGUCCUGCGGACCGAAGACUUCGGAGUUUCUGCACCAAUUGGUGGAGCAAAUCCCAAAGGCACUCAAUGAGAGCUUAAGCCUUGUGAUGUAUUGGGAUCAAAGCACAGCAGUCCUGGCCGUUCAGAUGAUCUGGGCACGGGAGCGCUACGGAGCGCAGGCAGCGCAGCAGGCCCUCCGUGCACCGGUCUGUGCCCGCGCGGGGCGGCAGCUCGCGACGAUGAUGAUGGAAGCAGGGGAUAACAGCAGCGUGAGCGGCGGGCGCUAUGCACGGCUGUUGGAGAAUGAGUUUGGAAGGCCAGUAACCUCUUGCUUGCAAUCCCACGAGCGGAAGUUUAAGACCGCCUACUACACUGGCGUGUGCGGUUUCGACGCGGAAGGAUGA